AUGUCAGCUCAAAUCUCUGUAUCAGCAGGUAGAUCUCACAGGAGAGAAGGAAGUAAAUACGUUGAUGCUUUACCCGAAAAAGGAACUUUGGAAUUAAGGUCCGAAGAUGGAGAAUUCACUCAAUUCUCUUGGAAGAACAGGACUACGGGUCAAGUCGAAGAUGAACUUCUCAUCUUUCCCGGAGAAGCUACUUUCACUCAAGUUGACCAAGACCCUUCUGGUCGAACACAUAUCCUCAAAUUCUCAAGCUCGGACCAGAAAUACUUCUUCUGGAUCCAAAAAUCAGAUCAACAAGCUAUUUUCCGUGCUCAGAUUGACAUUGAUUCCUUAUUGAGAGACCCUAGUUAUCGAGUCGGUUCAGCUCCUCUUCCUGUCCCCUCAACACCUCAAAGAACUCAAGAGCGAUCAUGGCCUCCCACACCUGGAGCACCCCGACUCUCACAUCCUGAACCUGCCCCUCGAUCUGCCCUCGCCGCCUCAGCUAGUACCAGUACACCUUCUGCCGCCGCUACAGGUGCCAGCUCUGGUGCGACCGGAUCCGCAGGGAUGGAAGUUGAACAAGAAGGACAAAGUGGUGCAACAGCAGGCACACAAGACCAAAUGGCAAGAUUAUUGGCUGAAUGGGCAAGAGGAGGUGGUAUCACUCCUGCCGACGAUGAUGCACGAUUGACAGACGUUCUGUCACCUAUACAAAUGUCAACUCUUCUUGCCACACAUCCAACUUUGAUCCCUACUAUAACUCCCCUUCUUCCACAAGGACUGGAGAUCGCACCUAGUGCAUCUGCUCAAGACUUAUUACCUAUCCUCUCAGCACCCCAAUUCACAGAUGCCAUAGCUUCGUUGGAUAACGCCUUAAGAUCAGGUGGAUUACCAGGCGGUAUGAUGAGAGAAUUGGGAUUGCCCGAAUCUGCCGGACAGAGCGUUCAAGGUUUCCUUGAAGGUUUAAUCGGGUUGAAGAAAGAUGGUCAAGAAGGAGCAGGAGCAGGCCCAGGCACAGGAGCAGAGGCAGACGAGAGAAUGGACGAGGACUAG